AGAUCCUAUUUGUUGCUAAGCAGCUGAGUCUAUUUAGACAGGUGACGAGGUACUGCUGCAUCAGGGACACUUAAGGGCAGUUUCCCGGUCUGACUCUGCUCGGCAGCAGGUUUUCCUCAGCACACUCAGACGCGUUUUCUUCCCCAGAACGACACCAUCUAUGAAAGCUUGAAAAGGUGCAGACAAGUCACAAGCAAAGAACGCGUAGAUAAAAGUGGGUGCUUGCUGUUCACUCGGCAAAACUCAUAUUUGUGAGUUACGGAAAAGAAAUAGCCAAAGAAACGCGCUCGAUCAUCAGGACGGAAUUCUAGCUUCAUGUUGAACAUGAGCCUUGUUAUGAUCAUUGAGAAUGUGAAGUUGGCCCGUGAAUAUGCCUUACUGGGAAAUUACGACUCUGCCAUGGUCUACUACCAGGGAGUUCUUGACCAAAUGAACAAGUAUCUGUACUCUGUGAGAGAUACCUAUCUGCAACAGAAGUGGCAGCAGGUUUGGCAGGAGAUAAGUGUGGAAGCUAAGCAUGUGAAAGAUAUAAUGAAAACACUGGAGAGUUUUAAACUAGACAAUACUCCAUUGAAAGCCUCACAACAAGAAUUACCAGCUCACGAUGCAGAAGUGUGGUCUUUGCCAGUACCUGCUGAACGUAGGAAGCGUCAGUCUGCUCCAUGCAGUGACUGCAGAGGGCACAGCAGCCGCGCGGGUGCAGCUGCCAGGGGCUCCCACCGCCCCAACUCUCGCAACCCCAGCGAUAAAGGGAAGGCGGUCCGCAGCCGGGAGAAAAAGGACCAGCAAAACAAAGGAAAAGAGGAAAAGAGCAAAUCCACAUCUGAGAUUUCAGAGUCUGAACCAAAGAAAUUUGAUAGUACUGGAUAUGACAAAGACUUAGUAGAAGCUUUGGAAAGAGAUAUCAUUUCUCAGAAUCCCAACAUCCGAUGGGAUGACAUUGCUGAUUUAGUAGAAGCCAAAAAGCUGCUUAAGGAAGCUGUAGUUUUACCAAUGUGGAUGCCAGAGUUCUUCAAGGGGAUUAGAAGACCGUGGAAGGGUGUGCUGAUGGUUGGUCCUCCUGGUACUGGAAAGACCCUCCUAGCAAAAGCUGUAGCCACUGAAUGCAAGACAACUUUUUUCAAUGUUUCUUCUUCCACACUUACCUCAAAAUAUAGAGGAGAAUCUGAGAAACUUGUUCGUCUGCUGUUUGAAAUGGCUCGAUUUUAUGCCCCAACAACCAUAUUUAUUGAUGAGAUUGACUCCAUCUGUAGCCGCAGGGGGACUUCGGAGGAGCAUGAAGCCAGCCGACGUGUGAAGGCAGAACUGCUAGUUCAGAUGGAUGGUGUUGGGGGGGCUACUGAAAAUGAUGAUCCUUCUAAGAUGGUCAUGGUACUUGCUGCUACUAAUUUUCCUUGGGAUAUUGAUGAAGCCCUAAGACGGAGACUAGAAAAGAGAAUUUACAUUCCUUUACCAUCAGCCAAAGGUAGAGAGGAACUCCUCAAAAUAAAUCUGCGAGAGCUGGAACUGGCUGAUGAUGUUGACCUUGCAAACAUAGCUGAGAAGAUGGAGGGUUAUUCAGGUGCAGACAUUACCAAUGUAUGCAGAGAUGCAUCAUUGAUGGCUAUGAGGAGGCGUAUUGAAGGCUUGACACCAGAAGAAAUCAGAAAUCUUCCUCGAGAUGAAAUGCACAUGCCAACAACUAUGGAAGACUUUGAAAUAGCUUUGAAGAAAGUUUCUAAAUCUGUUUCUGCUGCGGACAUUGAGAAAUACGAGAAAUGGAUAGUUGAGUUUGGAUCAUGUUGAGUUGUGUUCUCUGGAAGAAACCACCUUAUGUCUUAAAACAGCUUUAGAAGUAAUCGGUGAUGUGUCAGUGCACUGCGUGCUCUUUUUAUCUUUUGUAAUUUAAGAGCAACAGAUUCUAAAUAAAUUUUUUUCUAAAAUGCA